AUGUCCGAUUUUUUUGAUUUCGACCAAUAUCCUCAUGGUAAUUAUCUUGGAACACUUAAUUUUAUAUGGAAAGCACCUGAUACUGAAGAAACAAGUGAAUAUUAUGAAACUCUUAAAGCACAGAUGAUUACUCGUAUAAAUGACAUAAUACCAAUAUAUUGUACAAGACAAAUGAGGAAAAAUGUGCUUCAAAAGGCAAGUUGUGAACAUUAUUUAAUGUUGUAUCACGAUUUAACUGGUGAUGCUUCAUUAUCAAAUGAUCAAAUAAGUAAAGAGAUAGAAGAAAGAUUACGUCUUAUGAUGUUAUUGGAAGAUCCUUCUAUAAUAAUUGAUCUUAGGACUAAUAAUGGAUUUCGAGGGUCAAAAUUUGAUAUAUUUUGGGAUGAACUUGAUGGAUAUUUUAACGAGCAUAAUAAUACAGUUGUUAAUGAACGCCGAACAGAUGCUGUUUUAUAUAUUCCAUAUACUAUAUCUAUUCGGGAAUUGAGAGAAAGAAUUAUUACUCGUUUAAAUACAAAAUAUCAAGGCUUACCUCUGUCAAGUGGUGUUUCUAUUCCAUCAGAAGAGUGGAUAAGAUUGAAUUUUGCACUAUCUAAUGCAUAUACUACCAAAGCCAUGCAGUAUACUAGGCGUUUUAAUGUGAAGUAUAAGGUGCAAUCCCGAUUGUUACGAAAAUCCAGUGAAGAUGAACAUUAUUGUCACACGAUAUUUAAGUAUGAACGCGAAUUUAACAUCAAAUAUCAAGAUUAUGCAUGUUUUAUCUCGGCAGAUGAUAAGCACAAAGUGCCUAUUGGUGAGGAUGUACCAGUAUCUACAGGCGUUCGCAAUAAAAAGACUUUGGCACCAGCUGAAGGAGAAAUUACAGCAGCCGAUCAUGACUUUACUAAGUUGUCAUUAACACCAUCUAUUACUUUAUUCAUUAACAUUCCAAAUGAUAUAUCUGAAUCUUUCUAUGAUGGAAAAGUAUAUGCCUGCUUUAAAGAUGCCAUUUUUCAACCGAGUAGUGCAUUAAGGCAUUCAACAGAAUUUUUUAACCUGAUGAAUCGUCAGUAUCCAACACAAUCUUUACCCUCAAUAUUGUCGCUCUAUACUGAUGGAGGUCCCGAUCACAGAUGCACCUUUGGAUCAGUUCAAGUAGCUUUAAUAUGUUUAUUUUUAGCAGGCAAUUUUGAUAUGUUAAUCGCAGUUAAGACAGCUCCACAUCAUAGUUGGUGUAAUCCUGCAGAAAGAAUUAUGAGCGUGAUUAAUUAUGAACUUCAAGGUGUUGCUAUAGAAAGAGAAAAAAUGCCUGAGGAAUUUGAAGACGAAUUUGAGGCUUUAAGGACAUUAGAAGAUAUACGCGAAAAAGCAAAAGAUAAUCCAUGCUUAAAGGUGGAAUUAGAAAAAUGUAUUGUAACAGUUCAAGAACUGCUUCGCGAGCGUACAGAACAUUUAGUUUGGAAAAAUGAAGCAUUCAAAACUGAAAAUCCUGCAUCUGAUUUGGAAAUUAAUGAGAUGUUUGAGAUCAAAAAAUGUAAUCAAACUUCCUGUGAAGUUUGUUAUCAAAUUAGAAUGCCAACAGAUGUCUUUCAAAACUUACAUUUUUUACCUGAUCCAAUACCAUCACGAGAAUCUAAAGCUGAACUGGCGCCAAGUAAUAUUCUCAUUUCUGCUAAAAUUAGAGAAUAUAUAAAAUGUAAUUCUUGUAGAAAAACACGAUGCCUUUAUAGUAAUUCCCGUUUAACAGAACAACAAAAACAAGAUUUAAAAUUGGUGUUACAAACUUAUACAUAUACGUGUGGAUCACCAAUUUUUCCAGAUGAUCAUAAUUUGGCUCAAGAGAUUUUUGUUAGAGUUCAAAUUUCUUGUGAUUCCCCUAUUGAAUUGCUUUAUUAUUCUUCAAAAAAAGUAGGAAAUAUUCCAAUCUGCUAUUGGUGUGGUGCAAAUAGUGAUUUUAAAAUUGUGCCUAAAAAUCUACAGGAAAAAUUCAAGUUAAUAUAUCCAUUAUGUAAUAUUUGUAAUGAAAGUGGGAAAUCAUUUUAUAAACGGUUGGAAAAGAAGGCAAUAUGUAAUCAUGAAAUAAAAGACUUUAGAGAAAGUCACAGAAUCAAAGGAGGAAAGACUGACCUAAUUGAACUAAUGGAGCGUAAGGAUUUUAUAACAAGUACUCAAUCAAGAAAAACAAAAAAUAUAAUGUUUUUAGAAGACAUCCUAGAGGCAGACAGUAUCACUUUACUAAAAUGGAAGCAUUUAUGUAAAGAAAGAGGAAAGAACACGAAAGGUAAAACGCCGAAAUGGUUUAAAAAAUUAGAAUCGAAAUUAAUAGCAGAUGAAAGUGGACAAAGCAAGAAAUACAAAAGAAUAGGAAUACAUUUAGAACUAGUCGGAGAUAGUUAUGACUUAAACAAUUCGCCUCAAUUGAAGAAAUGUCAAGGAUGUUAUAGAAACAUUAAUAGAAGAAAAGAAGAAGACUAUAUUAAACCGUACGAAACUCUAAAUAAUAUUAUAAAAAAGAACGAAUGGUUACGAACGUAUACAAAAGAAGAUAAAAAAGACAAGUCGUUUAACAAUAAAAUAGAAUUAAUCGACAAAAUAAUAAAAACGAAUGACAAAAAUUUUUUGGAUAUAAGUCAUCAGGCUGGAUCCACUUCUCUUACCGAAGAUCUUGGUCUCGAUCUAGUAGACAUCUAUGGAAUCCAUAAAUGGAUCCAAAUGCAGGUAUCGCCCCUCAACGACCCGGACAUAGUAAGAGAAAUGGUCAGAAACCUUCCAGUCAAAGAAUUCGGAAAGCAUCUCAAGAUAAACAGACUCUGGUACAACUGUUGUAAAGCUGAGUUGUGGAAGCGGCAUGAGAAAGCCGAGAAGGCAUACGACAGGGCAGUAGAAAAGAAGAAAAAAGCGGAGGAUGAUCUUGGUCAAUCAUUUGAGGAGGAGGGUAUUGGAAAUCGUGAACUUCAUGAGCUUAAUUGGAAGGAGUAUCAAAAGGCUUGUAAAGAGUUAUCAGAAGCUAGAAAAGAGCAUGGUAUGGUAAGGUGGGCUCUUGAGCGGUGUGGAUUUUACUAG